CAAAUUCUAUCGACCGUCUCGAUACUGCCCCUUUAAGGCCACCGUACAUCAGGAAGUAGUCUGUACGCAGGUAAACAAAAUCAGCCGAUCGUUUUUAUCUUGAAAAAAGGACUUUGUAAGGAACGUAAUAUCUUCUCAUUCAUCAAUUUUGCAGUUGUACGUGGCUGUCCGACAGAUUUGAUGAACUCAUCAGCCGUCACACUGAAGCCACAACAGUCGGUGUUGGCCACAACGCAUCGCCAUGUCGAGAAAGCAGUCAGGAAAGCCUGUACGUGGAAACAAGAAAUGUGAGCUUGAGAGGAAGAGGGAUGAACGUGCAGCCCGUAGGGCUUUGGCCAAAGAUCGAAAAAACCGGCCUCCAGGGGAGGAUGAAGGAGAGGAAUUUGUUAGUUUCUCCAUCCAGCUCAAAGCACUUGGUCUCAAACUGAGAGAGGUUCCAGGAGAUGGAAACUGCUUGUUCCGUGCUCUGGCGGAUCAGUUGGAGGGACACUCAAGAAGUCACUUGCGUUUACGUCUGGAGACUGUUCAGUACAUGAAGUCUCACAGGCAGGACUUUGAACCUUUCGUGGAGGAUGAUGUGCCGUUCACUAAGCAUGUGUCAGACCUCGCAGAGCCAGGCACCUUUGCAGGCAACGAUGCAAUAGUGGCCUUUGCUCGCAGUCAGCAGGUGAAAGUAGUCAUCCAUCAGCUGAAUGCUCCAUUGUGGGAGAUAAAUGGAUCAGAAAAGCAAUUAUGUCAGGAGCUUCAUAUAGCAUACCGUUACGGUGACCAUUACGACAGCGUCCGGCAUAUUGCGGACAACUCCGAAAGCCCUGCCCAUCUGCGUAUAGCGAAUCUAAAUAAUUCAAGACGGUUUGGUGAUGGCGAGAAGGACAAACAGAGAGCCCCUUCCCCCAGCCACUCUCCUUCUGACGAUGAAGAUGUUAUCCUUAAUUCCCUAAAGACCACCAGCCUGAACAGUCAAGAGAUAAAUCCAUGCCAAUCAAGUGCCACCUCACAGAAGUGCCAUGCAGAAUGGCUUGAAGCUGAACUGAGUAAUCAGUCAUCACCCUCUGACUUUGGAACCAGGAAACACCCCAAGAAUCAAAGUGAAUGCAGUGACAGCGCAUGUCCACCUGAGAGCAGUACCACACACAAACCCAAGCUGUCUAAUAAACAAAGGAAAGAGCAACAGCGUCUAGAGAAGAAGAAGAAGCAGGAGGAAAGACACAGACAGAAGGUUCUUCAAGGCAAAAGUUCACAUGACCAGAAUCAGAAUCUGCCUGAACCGGUUACACUUGUGCCAGCUUUCAACACUCUUAGCAUCUAAAAUAGUCCGGGACAUACAGUUCUAAACAAUUCUCUGCUGCUUUUUAUUCUAUUAUCCGACUAUGACAAGAAAUGGGUAAGUUCUACAUUGUGCAUAUGCUGAGAAGUGCAUGGAAAUGUAUUCUGGCCUAAAUGCUGCCAUCUUAAUGACAAUAAGAGAAAAUUCUCUCUUUAGGGUAAAACCAUCAUGGUAUGUGCUAUGGAUGCCUUAGCUAAACUGUCAUAUCUUCAUAUUUUUUUUUAGUUCACUGUAUUAUUUAGAACCAAAGAAAAGUCCAAACUGUAAUUAGGCAGUGUGGAAAUAGCAUUAUAUUUUUGUUCUUGAUAAUGCUGGUGUAUUGGCUCUUUCCUUUGACUUGUAAGAAAUUCCUUUCUGCUUCUGGUCAAUGCUGCCACUGUUUAUUGUCAUUAAUUGGGUUCUUCUUUGGUCUACAUGUUUGCAUUCAUUUACAGAGGAUUUGCCAUCUUUAUAUUUUGACUCAUAAUUACGUAUUGAGAAUAUCGGCAUGCAUUCAGUAUUUCAUGUGAGAAAUAAUUAAUUGCACAUUCAUAAUCUGAAGAAUUGUUCUGUAAUUAUAGUUCGUAUUCCUGUGUUCAUGUUACACGAACGAAUGAGCAUUCACAAUUUUAUACAGAAGUGGAAAUUUAUUUAUUUAAAAUCAAUCAACAAUAAAGCUGGGGGAGUCUUGUACAGUAUAA